UCAAAAUAGACAAAAACGCUAUUAUGACACAAAAUUGUAUCAAAAUACAUAUAAUAUUGGAGAUGUUGUUCUUAGAAUAGAUUCAGCUACAAAAGUGGGUCAAAGUUCAAAACUAAGAUCACCUUGGAAGGGUCCAUACAUUGUAACUGAAGUCAAAUCACCUGUCUUAUUUAAGAUCAUUGAUAAGAAAAAUAGAGAAACUGUUGUACAUCAUGACCGCAUCAAACUUUGUCAAGAUCUGGAUUAUCCCGGCUGGGUUAAAAGAAUCAGAAAUAAAAUUUUUGAUGAGAAUGACAAAGAAUCAAAGACUAGUGAGGAAUCUCUAAAUGCAGCUUUGGAGUCUGAAGAUAAAGUUUCUGAUAUUAUUAACCUUUUCAAUGCUAGGGAUGAUGCGUCGGAUAUUCUGAUGCAUCAUCAGAGUGCUAGUUCAGACUCCAAUUCUGCAGAUAGAACAAAUCAGGAUAUAACAAGAGGAAAAAGAACAAGACAGAGACCCAAAUACUUGGCGGAUUUCGUACAGGAUUAAAUUAAUAUCUCUGCAUGCAUGUGAAUAACAUAUUCCAUGAAUUAUUUGAUUUUAUCAUAAUUUUAAAAAAAAAAAAAAAAAAACAUGCUUAAAUUUUAUAUUAACUAGUGUUAAGUUACAGUAUAUAAUAUUGUAAAUAAAAAUUACAAUUCUUUUAGAAAUGUCUGAUUUAGAGGAGAGUCACUUUGAACCAGAUUAUGAAGAAGAUUGUCUCCCAGACCAUAUGAAAGGUUCUACAUUAGGUAAAAAGGGAAAAAAGUGUCCUGUAUGUAGUUCAAGGUUUACUCAUGUAAGAAGACAUGUCAUUCAAGAACAUAUUCCUUGGUUUAUGUAUCCUAGAACAUCUUGCUGGAAAUGUGAACUAGGGUUUGGCCAAGAAAGGUUUCUAAGAUUACAUUUGGAAAAAGAACAUUUUGAUGAUUCCACAGAUUGCAGAUAUGAUAUUAACCUUCAUGGUCAAAGAUGGAUUGAAGAGAUAUCUAUUUUUUUGGCCAAGUUUGACAUGGUCAAAACACUAUCUUUCAUCAACACUAAUGAACGAUUCAUGUCCUGUCAAGGAGCAAUCUGGCAAGAGGAUGACCUUGAACAAAUCUUAUAUUAUUUGAACGAGACAAAACAACAUUUCCCUUUAACAAAAAUGCCUUACCCAGCUCAAAAUAUCACAAGUAUAUUCCAUUGGAAAAUAUUGAGCAUUCUUUUAGACAUGAAUAAAAUUCAUACAGUUUAUUUGAAAAAUAACAAUCUUCAGAAAAACAAGAAAAUACUUAUUGUGGGUUCUUCAUUUAUUUAUUGGGCACAUCAAAGAUCAACAAUGCUAAAUUCCUCAGAUCUUGGUCUAAAAAAUGUUCAAAUUACUUGGCAUGGAAUUAGAGGAAUGAAAUGGUGUUCCCUUGUCGAAACUGUUAAUUCUCUAACAGAUAACAAUAGUCCUGAUAUCAUGGUUAUUCACUUGGGAUCCAAUGAUAUUUCUUUUUGUAGCUCACUACCUCUUAUCAAGAAAAUGAAAACUGAUAUAAGUUUGUUUACUGAAAAAUUUGGAAAUACAAUUUUGAUUUUUUCGGAAGUUUUAUCCAGGAGAUUUUGGGGUAGAAUUGAUGGCUGGGAGGGAGAAAAGAAGAAAAUUUAUAUUAAUAAAGAAGUAGGAUCAUUCGUUGAAGAAAAGGGAGGGAAAGUAGUAGUACACAAUAAAAUUCAUUGGAAAAAUAAAUCACUGUUUAGGGGAGAUGGAAUUCAUUUGUCCGACAAGGGAAAUGACAUUUUAUUAGAGGACUUUAAGGAAUGUCUAGGAAGAUUGUGUUGAUUUUAUAAUUGUGUAUAGUGAUUUUUAGUUGUAAAUAAAUGUGUAAUAUACAACAUUUGAUUUUAAGAUUUUGGCAUUAAGUCGGAAAUUCUGAUUUGUGCCAUACGGUGUGAUUUUAUUAAAAUGGGGAGGAAUGUAGUAUAUGUAAUUAAGAUCGGGUUCGGCAUUCCGAUCAGCUGAUUGAUUACUCCUCAGUUGUGAACAGAACCUGAAAUAGUAAAGACGUCCCCCGGUCGGCUAGGCUAUUCAAGACACAACUCAGGUGGGUAGUAACUUUAAGUUACCCCUCACCACUUGUCACGUUUAAUACUAACCAAUAAAUAAAUCCAAUUACUAACAUCACUUC